CGGAGGCCUCGGCCGUGCACGGCUGCAGCCAACCGCAGGCCCGGAGCCGCCCCGCCCGCCGCCCGCGGCUCGGGGCGCACUCCGCGCGCAGCCGCCAUGGUGCAGGCCUGGUACCUGGACGACUCCGCCGCCGACCCCCGCCGGCCGCACCGCGCCGAGCCCGCCCGCCCGGUCGGCCUGGAGCAGCUGCGCCGCCUCGGGAUCCUGUACUGGAAGCUGGACCCUGACAGACAUGAGAGUGACCCCGAGCUAGAGAAGAUCCGGAAGGAGAGAAACUACUCCUGGAUGGACAUCGUCACCCUCAGCAAAGAGAAGCUGCCCGACUACGAGGAGAAGAUCAAGAUGUUCUACACGGAGCACCUGCACCGGGACGAGGAGAUCCGCUACGUGUUGGACGGCAGCGGGUACUUCGACGUGAGGGACGCGGAGGACAGGUGGAUCCGCAUCGCCGUGGAGAAGGGAGACAUGAUCACCCUCCCCGCGGGGAUCUACCACCGCUUCACGCUGGACGAGCAGAACUACGUGAAGGCCAUGCGGCUGUUCGUGGGGGAGCCGGUGUGGACGGCGCACAACCGGCCAGCGGACCACUUGGAGGCUCGGGGCCAGUACGUGGCGUUCUUGGCGCAGAGGGCAUAGGGAGCCCUGGGGCCAGCACACCCCUCGCCCGGACGGUCCUGCGCGUGACAGCGGCAGGAAACCUACUUUGUCCUCCUCGCUUUUCUGUCCCCCGGGGAGGCUGUCUGAUCAGAGUGUGUUUUAGCGGAAGGAGCCGUAAGCCUGAUUUUCACGUAGAAGCCUCUGUGGGCAUGCCGUCUCCACGCCAUGGCCCUAUGCCGGCACCCAUUCUCAAGCCGCGUGUGCCCGUGUCCCUGCCUGGCCGCCCCUUUGGGACCUGAUACAGAUUGCGGUCGAGGCCACGCCGCCUGUGAGCAGGUGACAGGGCUCUUCUCCCACCACCGGUGGGGAGUGGGGGGCAGCCCUCAUGUUAGGGGGACUCGUGCCCCUUUCUUGUUUAAAAUAAAGCAGCUGCCUUGCCCUGGCCAGUGGCUCAGUUGGUUAGAGCUUCGUCCCAAUACA